GUCAAACUCAAUGUCUCUGAUGUCAGCUGUGUAAAUCACCGAUCACGUCAGAUUAUUCAAUGUUGUGUCAUUAAAAUCUGUCAAUAUAAAUAAAUUUUGGAGCGUUAGUUACCGCAUUAAAAUACAAAUUCUGAUUAAAUCAAUACAAAUGUAAAAGUGAUUUGCAGUUUGAUUUAUUGUGAAUUUGAGCAAUAUGUUAAACAAAAACGAGGACGUUCAAGAGCAAACUAAAAGGCUACGGUUCAAGUCUAUAACCAAUACACAAAAUUCGUCCGGCGAUCUAAGUUUUGAUAGAGGUGCUAAGGAAACUAAAUGUAAAGAUCCGGAAAAGGCAGCCUCUUUGUUUGCCUUUCUACAUGUAGAGUUAACACGAGGAUAUUUACUAGAACACGAUGAAGAAAGGUUUUCAGCAAGAAGAGAAAAGGUUUAUUCCUUUAUUAAAAUUCCUCAGGAAUUGGAAAAGUUUAUGGCUUAUGGGUUUUUUCAAUGUGCAGACUCCUUACUAUUUGUUUACACAUUCCUUCCUUUGAGGUUUAUUAUGGCUAUUUGGACCUUGUUCAGCAGACUUUUCAGGAAAUGUUUUGGGUUUUAUUCAAAUUCACGUAAAAGUAUAUUAAAACCAGCAGAAACUUGUGACAUGCUUAAAGGUUUUAUAUUGGUUAUUUGUAGUAUUCUAAUGUGCUACAUAGACACUAACAUGAUGUAUCACUUAGUGAAGAGUCAGAGUGUGAUGAAAUUAUAUAUAUUUUAUAAUAUGCUGGAGGUUGGUGAUAGAUUAUUCUCAGCUUUUGGACAAGACACUAUUGAUGCUCUGUUUUGGACUGCUACAGAGCCAAGAGAUCGAAGAAGGGAACAUUUAGGUGUAAUACCUCAUCUGCUGUUUGCUAUGAUCUAUGUCUUUCUUCACAGUUUGCUAGUAUUAUUCCAAGCAACAACUCUGAAUGUAGCCUUCAACUCAAAUAAUAAAAGUCUCCUUAUCAUAAUGAUGUCUAACAAUUUUGUGGAACUGAAAGGCAGUGUGUUCAAGAAGUUCGACAAGAACAACUUGUUCCAAGUGUCUUGUAGUGAUGUGAGGGAACGACUCCAUUUGUCUGUGCUGCUAUUCAUAGUUGUUCUUCAAACUAUGAAGGAGUAUAUGUGGAAGGAGGAACGGUUCUGGAUACUCGCGCCUGAUUGUGUCCUAGUCCUUACUUUCGAGGUCAUCAUUGAUUGGGUUAAACAUGCUUUUAUUACCAGGUUCAAUGAGAUUCCCUAUGGUGUAUAUAGAGAAUACACAGUGAGUUUGGCCUACGAUGUGGCACAGACAAGACAGAAGUACGCGUUCAGUGACCACUCGGAUUUAGUGGCACGCAGAAUGGGUUUUAUACCUUUGCCUCUCGGUGUCGUUAUAACCAGAGUACUAGUCCACGCCGUUAAAGUUGAUGGAUUCGCAGCAAUAUUUUUAAUAACUCUAGCAUAUUUGUGCCUAAUAUCAGUUAGAGUUCUCGUGUCCAUCGUUAUACUUGGAAAAGCUUGCGAUUUGAUAACACAGCAUCAAACGGAAAAGAACGAGAGUUAUCACGCUACACCCAAAAGGGAGCAAAAAGACUUGACCCCAAAAGAUAAUUCCUACGUCCAUAAACCGGAAGCUGAGAUGCCACCACCGAAAAAGCCAACACAGUUGAAGUUUACAGUUCCAGAGGAUGUAGUUUUGACCGAAUCGCUGGUAGACGCAUCGGUUGGUGCCGCGGCCAUCUUCUCCAACAGCGCCAUCGACCUAAAUGGCGUGUGUUACCUGAGUGACAAAAUGAACACACAAGUCAAACAGGAGGGUGGUGAUUUCCUUGAAACAGAACUGGUGGAUGUAAGUAGAAGCGCUCCGGACAUUAAAGCGGCCGCCGCCGUGAGUGCGCAGGCCGAAGUAUUGGAGCGGCCACUGUCGCCUGAUGCCGAUGGCCUCAAGCGACGCUCGGAGUCGGAACCCAACCUCGUGAAGGCAGAAGAGCACUACGAGGAGACAACAUAGCACACUAUGUGCUGCUUGGUAAACAUCCUGCUCUAAUACACGCGGUCUUUCUAGUCUUUCGUCUAAUGACAGAUUUAUUAAACCGACAAAAUAUUAAAAAUUAUUUAUAUAAUAAGCAUAGAAACGCGCUCGUUGCGUCUAGUUGUUUUUCUAUUGUGUGUACAGUUUUGUACUUGGUUUGACUGGGUUUUUAUAUCGAAUAUUUUUAGAUGUUGCGUGUCUAAUAUAUUUUCUGUUAUCCUAUGUCUUAGCAAUAGCUGAAUGUUUAUUCGGUGUUCUAGUUGUAGCUAUGACAAAGCGAGCGAAGGCGAAUACACGGUAGAAAAUCCUUUAGUAUCAGUACCUUGCUUUCUAUCAGUUAUUGACAUUGUUAAUAUAAAAAUAUAUUAAAUAACAUUUGUUUUCGAAACUCAUGCUUCUUUUAUUUCGUACACGGUAGAAAGGAAGUUACAGUUUCAACAUAUAUUUAUUUAGAUAAUGAACUUACAACAGAUACACUUAAAUUAAUGACUAGUGGAGACAGACCGCUUUGAAUUGGUUAUUUUAGAUAAAUUAAUAUAUUUCUGGUAUUGUCUUAGACAUAGGUUAGAUUACCUUAAUCGUCGAUUCGGGAAGGUAAACGGACGUCAUAGCUUAAAAUCUAAGACUGAUAUGAAUUAGGUGCUUAAUAUAUUCAUUUUCUUAUAACAUUUAUUUAUAAUUUCUUUUUGUUUAUAAAAGUUUAUAAUAUAACCUUAAAAGUGUGAUAGUUCAAAGUUUCUUUUUAUCAUUCCAAUGGUACUAAACAGAAUGAUAAAUACAUACAUAGAAAGUUCAUGUAAAAAUAUAGAAGAGAACAUUAUAUUUUGGUGGAUGUGGAUGCAUAAUUUUUAGGUAUAUUCAUAUGUUAUAGAGUAAGAUACAUUCGUCAUCAAGUUUAUGAUCCUUUUUCCUGGCCAUAUCCCAUGUUACUUGUUGGAGUUGAUGUAAAUGUCCUUAUUUCAGUUCUCCUCGUUAAUAUCCAUUAUAAUCUAUCCAUCUUUAAUCAUCCUGUUCCCGUCGUUUACCCAUAUUUAGGUUCACGACUCGCUUUGUCACAUAAGUUUUAAUAUUUCUCAUUUAAUGUUCAUGACAAGACAGAUGAUACUUAUAACCCAUAAGCAAUUUCGGCAAGUAGAUGGAAAUAGGUGGAGGAAAUUGUAUAUUAUGUUACAUUACUGUUGAUUGCCAUUGAUGUAAUAUUUUGAUUGCCAUUAUGUACUGGACCAGAAAUUUGAAUAAGAGAAAGUGAUUCUAAAAUGGUUGUAAAUAAUAAAGCUUGGUUGGAUUAUUUUAUCAGUCCAGUAUUGUAAUUUAUCCCAAAAUUUUGCAUACUUAAAUUAGCAUAAAAGCAAAUUAUAUUUUUUAUGAUUUUGAAGAAAUGUAUCUGUUCCUAUAAAUAUGUUCGUGGUUUUAUAUAAAUUAUAUCAUCACUCGUUUCUUUAAUA